AUGGCGAAGAUCCGGGUGUCGUACGAGUACUCCGAGGCCGAGGACAAGAGCAUCCGGCUGGGCUUGUUCCUGAUCGCCUGCGGGAUCCUCAGCCUCUUCAUCCUCGGCUUCUGCUGGCUCAGUCCGACGCUGCAGAGCCUCCAGAGCAAGCCGGCCAACUGCACGGUGAGCCGGGCGGAGGAGCUGCGGGCUGCCGGCCGGCGGUCCGGAGCUCCGGAGCGUCAGGCAGGAGUGGUGGUGUCGGUGCUGCGUCCGGAGGAGAUGUUUGAGUGCGUGUUCACCUGCGGCGCCGACUGUAAGGGCACGUCGCUGUACCCCUGCCUGCAGAUCUUCGUCAACAACUCGGAGUCCAACUCGGUGGCGCUGCUGCACUUCGAUGAGCAGCAGCUGGUCCUGAACCCGAAGGUACGACGGAUUCACGGAGUCACAGGCAGAACACAUGAAUCUGUUAGUCCAGGUGUUAUCAGGCCCGACGACGUCUUGUGGCGCCGUUCCCACGACACCAGCGUCCUGCUGCACUGUGUCCUCUGGCCAAUGGUGUCGCUGCUUCUGGGCACGCUCAUUGUGCUCCUGACGGUGUGCGCCCGCUCGCUGGCCGUCCGGGCCGAGGCCCUCCAGAAGAGGAAAUGUUCGUACGAGGUCUGCCAGGACCUGUCUGUGCCCUCGGAUCGCCACGGCAACAAGGCCGGAGACGCCCUGACGACGAACUCUGACCCGGAGCUGUCGUCGCCGUCCGGGACCCUGCCGCUGUUCGCGGUGCCGGUGCGACGCCGCGACCGGGAACACUGA